UGCGUUGACACGCCCAUACGUGUGAACAAGUGGUUCAGGUAGUCCAGCUCACUGUACAAUCAGCGAGCUGCGUGAUUUAGACCAAAAUAUGAAGUUGUUGGUUGCUUUAACCUUCGUCAGCCUGGCUGUGAUGUUCGUGAUGAUCCUCCAGACCGUGCGCCAGGAGCUGCACAUGCGUCAUUUAAAUACCCGCACGGUGGAGCACGCUGCUGAGUUCCAAAAGGGAGAGAAAGUCAUUGCUACAUUAAAACCCCAAAUCAGCGUGCUGAAAACGAAUCUGGCGUCCGUCAUGGGCAGAGUAGAGGAGCUCCAGAAGCGGAAAGCAGCCGCUGAACAAGAAGAGCAGACGCACAAAGCAAGUUUGCUGGCAUGCGGCAAAGACAAGGAAAGCUCAGAAAGCAAGAAAAAAGCCGCCAUUGAAUCCAUCAACAAAUUCAAAGCUGAUCACGAAGCGAAGAAAAAAAAAGCUGAGAAGGAAAUGCAGCAUUUAAAACAACAGAUUCUGGAUAGAGACAAAGCUAUUUGCAUUUUUGCCGAUCCAAGCUUUGCAGAAGUGCGGAGGUUGUGCGGUAUUGAUGCUUAGUGAAGACGACGCAAUGACAACAACUGAUGCUGACCGUGAAGUUGCAUUUUGGUCAUCCAGGACUCUAUUUUGUACAACUGUGUUGUUACAGGGUUUUUGUGUUAAAAAGAAUGUUUUCCAAUGAUGUGAAAGCCAGUAUUUUGCUAUGUGAUUGUAUCAAAUUUUCCAAGAGUUCCGGCUGUGCUCUAGGGGGUUAUUUUUCUAUGCUCGCCAGUCGCCACGGAUAGGAAGAUUCACUGUUCCAAAUCUGUUGGUGCAUAAUGGCUGUCACUGAAGUACGCUGGAGUCCCAAAGUUUUAGCAAUUUCUUUAUAUUACAGACUUAUUAAUACUAAUUGCUCUAUUUCUCUCGUUCUUGAAUUUCCUCAGCUCAUGGGAUUUUGUUGGAGUUUUCGAGAUCUUUUGACUGACUUUAUUAGGUCAGGCAGUUUCUAUACAAAUGAUUCUUGAUUGGAGAGGCGUGGAGAUCUUUCUCCAAAAAACGUAGUUAGCCACGAGUUAUUUAUGGUUUGAAAAGGGAGCAAUUACUGCUUUACAAAAAGCCAGGUAGUGUAGAAUAGUUAUUUUCCUUAAUAAAUUCACCAUAUACAAUAAUGUAUAUUUCAUUCAUAGUUGUCUGAUAUUUACAUUUGUUUGAUGAUCUUAAAAUAGUGGAGAAAAUAUGCAUAAGUAAUAAUUUGAGAAUGGGGAAAUUAAAUUUUCAUGGCACAGAAUAUAGCAGAGAAAAUCAAACAUUAAGGAAGUAAUAAUAACAUUUAUAGAAAACUGUUUCUGAUUGAAUCUUUUACUUCAUUCUUCAGAACAUUAUUAUCCUUGUUGAAAACUUUAAAAAAAAAAAAUUUUUUUUUUUUUAACCGAAGUGUAAAUGCAAAAUGCUUGGACGAGGCUCAAAGAGUGAAUAAAACAUGGCAAGUUUUUUUCGGUUGCCAUGAGAACUGGGUUUGUUGCAGGAAAUAGUGCUGCUUUAUAAACCAAUCACAAGGUAGGAUUGAAUUGUGACCUGCGUGACGUCAAGUCAAAUGAAGUUUAAAUCAUGACAAAACAAUGGUCAAUUAUUAUUAAACAUGCGUUGUAUGAGUUUUCGGACAAGAUGACACACGACUUGCGCGUUAUAAAAAUGUUAAUGAGUCAAAUGAGAGCUUGCGGCAAAGAUAACCCAAAGAGGAGCGGAAAAGGUUAGCUAAGGACGGUCGGCAACAUUUGUUUUAUGAACUGUUGAACUUUGGGCGACCUACUUAAACUCCCAUCAUGGCAACGAAUGCAUUUCAAAUGUUGAACGGCUCUCACUGUCUUGCUUUAUCCAUAAAGCGUCACCUCGGCCAACCAGCUGCAUUGCCUCCAUAUACAACCCGUUUGGUGCAGACCUUGCAGGUAUGCAUUGUAACCGCCGUGUAUGACAUGCUGGCCGACAGUCCUAAUUUGUCUUCAUUUUCUUAAAUUACAUAACAAUAAAAACCUAGACUGUACCUACGUGUAACUACAGGUGGCUGUUUAUGCAUGGGUUUGAAACUACACAGAAAGGUGAGUUUGUACCGAUUAAUUGCUGAUAAUUUUUGGUGAAUCAACCUAUUGAAAGUAAUGAUUAGAGUCUCAUCAUUACACUAUAGACAAAUUUCCGAGGUACUUCUGCAUUUCUGUUCACAAAUUCCGAUUUACACGUUCUUUAACCAAAACAAUAGUGGAGCUGGAGUGGCAUUACUCAUCAAAAUCACUCAAAAAACACAAUUUGGAAAUGCCGCAUUCAUCUGCCAUCAUCACGACAGGGGAGGACAGCAUGAAAAAAUGGCUAAGAGUCACCACAACCAAAAUAAUUUUGUAUUUUAUUGAUCUAAUGGCAGUGGAUAGAAACACAAUCAGGGCAUCCAGUGUCUACACAUUUACAAAGUUGAAUGUGUCCUGACUCCUAAUACAUGAAUAUGGGAAUUUUGUUUUCAUGAAGGCAGAUGUGGAACAAAGAUCAUGCCAGCACAAAGCAAUAACAGGUACAAUUCUAUUGACUACAAUUCUUUGUGUUGCGUUACAGCUGAGAAAUCAUUUGCUUUGCAUUAGCUUCAGCGAUAAAGAAAUGGAAAACAAACACUCAUCUACUACAAGUCUUACAUGAGCUUUUUACCCUAAAUGCAUAAAUUUAAGUGUUACACGUUUUUUGUUUACAUGUGGAAAACGCUGUUAAGCAAGGGAAGACAACUUGAGGUGCCUCACAAGUCACAAAAUCACUUACGUUGUUGCACAUACAGUGCCUUGCAAAAGUAUUCGGCCCCCUUG